AAUUUGUUAAAAGAAGUUAUUUUAAUAAUAUUUAUAUAUUUUAUUGUAGAAAAAUGAAUCGUUCUAAAAGGCCUAUAAUUAAGCCAUCUAGAUAUGUGACUACUUCAUCUGAUGAAGCUCCACGGAAAAGGAUAGCUGAUGAAAGAGAAAAAUCAUAAGAAGAAGAUAUAAGAGAUUUACGUGAAGUUUUAGAUAAUAACUCUACUAUUAAUGAAAUACAUCACACUAACUCACAAGAUGCACAAAUACUCAAUCAAAAUCAACAAAUACAUCCACAAUUAUACGUACAAUCAUCUCAGACAUACAUACCGACACCCACUGACCAUUCAAAUAUUUCUUAUACACAAACAGAUAUGUCUCAUACACCAUACCCCAUUCACACACCAUAUCCCAUAUCCCAUACCGAAUAUACGCCUACACUUACACGGGAAUUUAAUACUACACAUGCUGUUCCUCAAUUUCAGACUCAAUCGCACUCAAACCAGACAGAAAAUAAUAUGCAACAUUGGAGGAUACAAGAACGCCGACUGGACGCAAUUGAAAACCAAUUAAAAAAAUUAAAUAAUAAUGUUGAACGCGUUCUAAAAUAUAUUCAAGAUCGACGCAGAGUUACCCCAAAAGUACAAAUCUUACCACUUUCCACAGAAAGGGAUGUACAAGAAUUUGAAAAUGUUGAUGACAAGACUUAUGAAGAAGUUGUGGAUUAUCUUCAAUACGUUGGCGGAUUCACAGCUAAAGAAGCAAUCAAUCUAUGCUUCAAGGAGGUUAUUGCAAAUCAAACGUCAAUGUCAUUCACAUGGUUUGGCCGUGAAGAAGGUUCUCGACCUUUGUACAACGCACGUAUCAUCAAAGCGAUUUAUGGUAUAAAAAAUCCUCUGAUGACGAUUAUGAUUUAUCAAAUGAUGAAUAUGUGA